AUGAGGAGCGCCGGGGUGGACUCUUCCGUGACAGCCUCCACGGUUUCUGCGGCGAGGACGACGACGCCGACGCCGCAGCCGUUGCCGCCUACAAAAGUACUGAGAGACAGGGGCAUAAUUGACUUUAGGUACCCGAGCGAAAAGCGUGCUGCGCGGCAGCUGCAACUUGCAUUUCCUGACGCCGAGGCGCAGUUGGUGGCGGAGCUCGCGCUUCUCGUCUCGGCGCGGCGGCAGACCAUUGAGGACGCCUUGGAUUUGCUGCAGAGGCGUGAGGAGUCGGGAAAGAAUGCCCCGUCAAAAUUCAUUCAGAGAAUACCGGCGGUGCGGGUGGAGGGGGGGGCGGGAGGCGAAGGAAGAGGCGGGCAGAAGGACGAGCGCGAUGGUAAUGGGGAGCGGCAGUCAUGUGCUGAGAUCCCAAACAACGUGCCAGCGAAAGGCCGGGGCGCGCCACACGAGACAUCCGCAGAGAAGACGGCUGUUGUCGUCCCCGCCGUUCCCAAAACGACGACGAGGGCCAACGCCCCCGCUCAGCGGCGUGCAAGCGGCAGUACUCAGCCGUCAGAGACACGAAGUGGGGGCCUCAAUGCGGGAACAUUGGCAAAAGAUGCGGCGCAGUCCUCUCACAAUUCUUCUCAUGCCUCCCCGCCAUUAUCUUCCGCCACGACUACGCGUACUACCAAUCACACUAGUGCGACUGCGAGGCAUGCCGCGAAGGCGGUGCUCUUUGUGACCACCAUGACAGGCGACCGCCGUGUCCGUGAUCACUGCCGCCAGAUAGAGACGCUUUUGUAUUUGAAACGCAUUCAGUACGUAUCGGUGAAUGUCGCGGAUGAUCCCUUCACGCAGCGGCGUCUGCGUGAGAUGUACGCUGCAUCGACGGGUCGCAAUGUGAUGCCGCCCACACCGGCCUUUUUUAUAGGCGAACAUUUCAUUGGCGAUUACGAGGUGUUGCAGGAGUUGGAGGACGAUGGGAAGCUGAUGGAGACGCUGUGCCAAUGCGGCUACCGCACGCCCCAGGAGUCAAACAAAGAGGGCGGCAGGACCGAGCAGGGGGACAGUUGUUAA